AUGGCGGUCUCAGCGGACAUCAACACGACCUUUGGAGCCAUCCUGCUGGGCUCGCUGUUCGCGGCUCUGUUGAGCGGAAUGGUGACAGCGCAGGCCGUCGUCUAUAGGAAGUUAUACCCGAAGGACAGCAUGAAGGUCAAGUCGCUUCGUGGAGGUACCUCAUCGGAUAUUUGGGGCACCAGCAAGGAACGAUUGACAGGAUACACUGAUCACCAUCAUGUUCACGAAAAAUUCGAAGCGCUCAUCUUCAACGCAGUGAGCCGCAAGAACUACUACAUCGCAGGACCAAUCUUUGCCCUUGCAGCUCUGCGUCUCAUGACUACUGGAACGAUGGUGUACUACGGCACGUUCUCCGCCUUCAAGGCCCAUUUCUUCGGCAAGUGGGUUUUCUCGCUCGGCCUCGCGCUGUCGUCCAUCGUCGACAUUGCGAUUACGGUGUCUUUAUUUGUACUGCUGUACAGAAGCCGCAACGGCAUGCCUCAUCUCAACGCUGUUAUCGACUCACUCAUUUUGUACGCCUUCGAAAACGGCUCUCUGACUUGUAUUGCGACUGUUGUGUCCAUGAUCUGCUGGGUCGCCAUGAAUGACAACUUCAUCUUCUUGGGCCUCCACUUUGCCAUUGGAAAGCUGUACGCAAACACCUUCUUAGCCACCUUGAAUGCCCGCUUCAUAGUGCGCGAUGGCCGGACGACGUCUUCUUCUGGGCCCGUCAUAGUACUGGAGUCCAGGAGGCAGCCCCCCUCCGGCCAGCGACAAGAAGAGAGCACGACGAAUGGGACCUUCGGCAUAGCCUCCAAGGUCGGACCUGUCAAGAUCAAUGUCGAGCAGACCAUUCACUACGACAAUGAUCGAGAAUAUGACGUCGAGCGCAAGUGA